AUGGGCAGGAGUCAGAUAUCUGCAAUUCGGCACACAGCGGCCGUGGUUGCUGGAUUUGCUGACGGUGCCAUGGCUCAAAUUCCUGGCGCAUCGGCGGUGGUGCCGGCCAUUCAGGCUGCCAUGAUUUUUGCCAUCGCUCUCCAGUACGGCUGCUAUUUGGAUUUGGGCACAGCCUUGGCUGUAUCCACCUUCCUCGGCAGCGAAUACGUCAAGAUGUCUCUGGUUAGCCACGCAAUGGGAUGGAUCCCUGUAGCUGGAAAUUUGAUCAAGACCACCUUGUCGGUAAUCAUGACCGAGGGCAUCGGCACGGCAGCUGAGAAGAUGCUCAGCUGCCCCACCAUGCGUGAGGAUCUGCUAGACAAGGCUGCUCGGGAGGAGCCUUCGGAGACACUUGCAGCAGACGGUCAGGCCUCCCGAGUCAGAGAGUACUACCACGUCAUCUCUGACUACCUCUCUUCGAGUGAGGUGACCCCUUGGAGCAGCACCACCGCAGCUGCUCGAGAGGUGUGGCAACGAGUGGAAUCGAUCUUCCGCAAGGAGGAUCAGGUGAAGUUGCUUGCGAAGGUUCACGAGGCCCAAAAUCCGGUGGACCUCGUGUCCCUGGCGCACAAGUACAGCUGGAACCUCCCCGUGUUGGAGGCAUCGCUCCUGGCUUUGCGGGAUCGCUUUCCUCCUGACCUCGCCUGCGUCGAAGUCGAGUCGUUGGCUCGCCGCUUCUGGUCUACCCCUGCAGGGGAUGGUGAAGUGAAGGCGGUCUCUGCUCCUCACCUGCUCUACUGCUGGUCGCAGCUUUCGCUUCCCCGGCGCCGUGCAGCGGCACUGCUGGCGGCGGAGCUGGUGACUGAAGCCACGCGCAUGGGAGGCCACGCGGCCGUGCUGCCCUGGGCAUUGGCCAUCCUCUUGGAGGGCACACAACCACAGGGAGGUGCAGAGCUCCCGCUGGAGGACUUCGCCUCACCGACGUUUCUGGAAGCCUUAUUGAAGGCGCUUUCCAGGGGCGAGGCCGGAGCCUGCCUGGUGCUGCGACGCCUCCUUAGUGGCCAUCCGGUGCAGACGUCUUUCCAAUGGGUGACUCUUCGCCAUCUGCAGCAGCUGGAUUUGAUGGACAACGUUGAGGGAGCAGAGUCUUGUCUGCCCUCGCUUCACAUGGACAUCAAGAAGCUUCUGACUGCAGAUGCCUUGCCAGAAGGCUUAGAGACUCCUCAGACGAUGUUGCCUACGCCAAACAAGGCAGACCCUUUCGCUGCGCUGGUGGGGCAACAGUGCGCAAUCAGGAGGUUGAUGCAGUCUCCUGGGUAUGUGCGCCUGCGGAAGAAAGGCAUCCAGCGCCCCGGUGUUCCAUUGGUGCUGCUGAUGACAGGACCUUCGGGAACAGGGAAGACCAUGGCGGCCCGGACGAUUGCCGAAGUGAUCCACGGACGCCCGAUCCAGGAGCUAGAGGCCUCGGGCCGCUUCCGGCUUUUCCCCAUGAACCAGUUCCGAAUGCUUGAAGAUCAGAAGACCUUCUUCGGGCCGCCACGCGGCAUCCAGGGCUCCGGGGACCUCCCUGACCUGGUGCGACAGCACCCGGAUGCGGUCAUCGUGCUGGACGAGAUCGAGAAAGCCCAUUCAGAUUUUGCCAGAGCUUUGCUGACAGUCUUCGGCGAGUAUGGAACUGUCUACGACCCACGAACGGGAAGGGACUAUCCAGCAGCCAAUGCCACCUUCAUCCUCACAAGCAACCUCGCGAAAGACCUGAUUCUGAAGCACGCCGUUUCGGUGGCUAAGAGUGAGGGUCGUGCGCUCGAGACGGGGCAGAAGCUUCCUUCUGGUGCAGACGGCGACCCCGACUGCGCCGGCUAUGCAGAGCUUCGUGAGGCUGUGGAUGUAGAGCUGAGCCAACCACGAGGUAUUGAUAGAGAGCAUGGCUUUUUCCGGGAGAGCGAGAUCCGGGGCCGCCUUACCGACGUGUUGCCCUUCCUCCCCUUCAGUCCGCACGAGGUAGAGCAGGCUGUUCGAGGCUUCCUGGCCUCCGAGUCCAAGGCCUUCUCACAGCACCCUGGCUUCGCCAACGUGGAGCUCGCAUGGACUCCGGAGGUGGUUCGCCACUUCGCCGCGCUCUACGCCAAGAAGCCAGACGAAGGGCUUCGUGCUGUCAACAAGGAGUUGCAAGCCCAGGUACGCGAUCUGCUGGAGCGAUCCAUCGAGGCCGGCCUGGUUGUGCGGGGCGCCAUCGCUGCUCUUCGCUUGGAUGAAGGUAAGGGGCCGCGCCUCGACCUGCGCGCGGUCUUCCCUGAGGCUGCGACAACAGCCGCGCCACUCCCCCAAGCAGCCCUGGAGCCGGAAGACCAGGAGAUGGCGGAUGACUUCUUCUCUGCUGCCGUCACCGCUUUUCUGUCUGGUGAGUGGAUUGGCAAUGAAUCGUCCUGGAGCUGGAUCAAGGCCGAAGCCUUGGGAAGUUGGCCCAGCAAGAAGAGCGGCGGACAGGAGUGGGAGUGGCAGCAUGACUGGGAGUGGCAACCAGAUCUGGAGUGGCAAAGCGAGUGGGACUGGCAGCGGGUCUGGGAACGUCUCUUUAUGAUGAUGUGGGAGUGGCGCUUUCCGCUUGCGGUUACGGCGACCCUGCUCGUCAUUGUUGCAUCUGCUGGUAUGGCCGCGCCGGCAGCCCCUGUAGCGGCCACCAUCUCCGCGGGCGCCGCCCCUGCAGUUGGGGCUGCCACUGGCUCCGCGGCCUUGGGCGCCACCGCUGCUGCCGUCAGUUCUUGGAUGCUGGCGAUCAUCCAGGUGACAGGCAGCUCUGCUUCCGUGGCCGUGCCUGCCCUGACGUUCUACUAUGCCUGGACGAAUCGCCACUAUGUUGAGGCUGCCAUUUUUGGCGCUUUGACCCUGGCGCUUUGUCCCUACGCCUGGCGGGUCUACUGUACAGCCUCACGCCUGGCCAAGCAGGUGGCACCAAAGCCUUCGAAGGCGAUCAAGGUGCUGAAGAGCAGCACCAGGCUUCGCGAGCGCGCAGCUUCGGCAGCAACUUCGGUGACUGGCAACAAGGCAGCUUUCCCUUUGAGAGCUCCCACAGCCCCCGUUUUGCCGCAAGCACGAGAAGCACGAGAAGCAAGAGGUGCCAACGAUGGCGUGGCAGCCUUCUCCGCCAUCUUCGACGAGGUUCCGAAGUCAGAGCCCAUCUUACCGGAUAUCGCGGAUGACAUCAAUCCGGUCAAGGAUCCAGACUUUGAGACAGGUGAGGCUACUGGACCUGACGCAGGUGCCAGCAAUCCGAGUUCUGCGACCAUGCUGGCGCAGCAAAGGAGAAAGAAGUCCAGCCAGAGACUUGGAACCUGA